CUAAUUAAAUAUAAACACAUAUAAGUGUGUAAAUACGUACAUAUUUAUAUGUCUAUGUAUGUAGCUUUGUGGAAAUUGUGAAAUAAAUAGUUAUUGUUGUUUACUGUUUUUCUCAAUCGAAAAUCAGUCAGUAGCUGCACAAGGCCACUGACCCAAUUUCCAAAAUUACCGGAUUAUCAAAGAAUCGCGUUGACUCUUGUGCGCGCGUGUGAGUGUGUGGGUUCAGACCAAAGCAGCCGCCAGAAAAGUAGAAAGAAAGAAAGAUUUUGUGAAACAAAGUUAAAAAUCAUUGGUAAUAUACUCAACCGAAGUACAUACUUACAUACAUACAUGACUGCUGUCUAUAGAAAUUAAUUUCGCGCAUUUUGUACACACCAUGCUCCAUCACAAAUUUGGCAUGAAAACACUUGAUUUUUGAAAGUCAAACAAAAUGGAUAAACGCUCAAACGUAGCAAGCAUAAACUUAAGCAGUUGAUAAAGCAACAAACGAAAAGAAAAAUAAAUAAAUUUACGCACUUACUAGUAAUUUGCAAAGAAAAAAAGGCAAGAAUUAUAAGCAAACUAAAUACUACGAAGGAAAAGAAGCAGUAGGAAAAUAUGCAAGCAAGCGAAUACGAAAAUCGAUGAUAGAAAACAAGAAUUAUUCUUAUUAUAAUAAAACAAAAAAAAGAAAAACACUCUAACUAACAAAAAUUGCAAAAAAUAAAUCUUCAGCUACACACGCGUGUGAAAUUUCCAUUUUGCAUAAAUAAAUACUUACCUACUACCUACUUACUAUCCACGUCUACCGUAAGCCAUAGAAAAUCGCCGUACCACCAAAAACUCCAAAACUGUAAGCGUAAAGAAAACUCAACGAAAACCACAAGCAACUAACUGUAAUUUUGAAAAUCUAAUAGCAAACCAAUAACAGUAAAUAGUGCGUCAAACGAACAACCACAAACCAUUCCAUUGUAAACUACGCAAAUCUAGUUCUAACCUAACUAUAUUUAACAAUUAAUCACAAUUUGAUAAAGUAAAAGUAAACGCUACCCAAAACUACUUACAAUAUAUCAUAUAUACUACUUACCCUAUAUACUAUACAUACCAUACGAGUUAAAAGCAAUUAAAUAACAAAAAAAAAAAAUCCAAAACAAAAAUUAAAAUCUACAAAAAUCCAACAAACACAAAAUGGAGGGUUCAAAUAAUCCAUAUGACAAGCAUAGUCCACGUGAAACGAUGCUGCUAGGCUUGGGCCUAACAAAUGGUGGUGCUAGCGGUAGCAACAGUUUGCCAGCAGGCAAUGUGAAAACCGAUCACUUUAAUGGUGAUGAUAUAUCGUCUAACAGUUUAUUGUCCAUUCCACAAUUCUAUGCGGGACGUAGUGUAUUCAUAACUGGUGGUACUGGAUUUAUGGGAAAGGUUCUUGUGGAAAAAUUAUUACGUUCAUGUCCAGACAUAAAAAAUAUUUAUCUAUUAAUAAGACCCAAACGGGGACAAGAAGUCUCAGCGCGUUUGAAUGAGCUGCUAAAUGCACCGCUUUUCGAAACAUUGCGAAGAGAGAAACCAAAGGAAUUGAGUAAAGUUAUUCCUAUAUCUGGUGAUAUAACAUCCGAGGAAUUGGGCAUCUGUGAAAAUGAUCAGGCGCUACUUUGUCGCACAGUAUCCAUUGUAUUCCAUUCAGCUGCCACCGUGAAAUUCGAUGAAAAGCUCAAAUUAUCUGUCACAAUCAACAUGCUUGGGACAAAGCGUUUGGUUGAGUUGUGCCAUCGCAUGAUGUCCUUAGAUGCACUAAUACACGUCUCCACUGCCUAUUGCAAUUGCGAUAGAACCGAGGUAUCAGAAGUUAUAUAUGCACCACCCUAUAAUCCCGACGAUAUUAUUUCUAUGAUCAACUGGCUUCCUGAGGAUAUGCUCGAUCAGCUAACCCCAACGUUGAUUGGCAAACGCCCCAAUACGUAUACAUUUACGAAAGCCUUAGCGGAGCAUAUGCUACUCAAAGAAGCUGGUAAUCUGCCUGUGGCCAUUGUACGGCCUUCAAUAGUGAUUGCCAGUUUGAAUGAACCGUUCGCCGGUUGGGUGGAUAAUUUUAAUGGUCCAACUGGUUUGGUAGCCGCCGUCGGUAAAGGUCUAUUCCGCACAAUAAUGUGUGAAAAGAAUUAUAUUGCCGAUAUGGUACCUGUCGAUAUUGUGAUUAAUUUAAUGAUUGCCGCAGCAUGGCGCACAGCGACGCAUAAAACUGAUAAUUUAGCGAUAUAUAAUUGUUGUACUGGACAACGACAUCCCAUUAAAUGGGGUGAAUUUGUUAAUUAUGCGAUGAAACAUGUACGAAAGCAUCCACUGGAGGGCUGCCUGUGGUAUCCGACUGGUGUGUUACGCAUGAAUCGUCCAUUGAAUGCAGCACAUGGCUUCCUUGUACACUACUUACCGGCCUAUAUAUUGGAUAUUGUAGCGCGACUGAUGGGCAAGAAGCCAUUUAUGGUAAAUAUACAAAAUAAAAUUGCCAAAGCUGUUGGUUGUUUGGAAUACUUUGCUACACACCAGUGGCGAUUCAAAGACGACAAUGUGCACGCACUCCUCAAUGCGCUGAGUCAGACGGAUCGCGAUACGUUUGUGUUCGAUGUACGCACCAUUAACUGGGAGAACUAUGUAGAGCGUUAUGUGUUGGGCUUUAGGGAAUUCUUAUUUAAACAACGUCCAGAAUCGCUGCCGGCGUGUCGAAAGCGUUUGAUGCGAUUGUACUAUCUGCAUCAGCUGACCAAAGUGGUGGCGGUGAUGUGCACUUGGCGUUUCCUAAUGGCGCACUCGAAACGUUUGAAUGCCUUGUGGACGGCAUUCUUGCAGAAUGUUUUCAAACUUAUACGAUUAAUACCAUUUUUGUAAUAUUCAAACGGACGGAGAGCAGCGUAAAGUUGAAUUAUAUAUAUAAAUAAAUAAAUAUGUAGCGGCAAACAGCAGUGGGGAGAAGAAAUAAUAAACGCUCUUAUGCUGGUAUAAUUGCAUAAAUAAUUAAAUUAAAUUAAUUGUAUUAAAUAUUUACUUGAUACAAUAUACAUAUACGUAUAUAUUUGUAUUUAUAUAUAUACAUAUACAUUUAUUAAUAUAAAUAUAUUUUUUGUUAUUGUUUUUUUCUAUAUAUUUUACGGCAGUUAAGUUUAAAUUAACUUAAUUAUUUUCAUUUAUAAUUUUUGUAUUGUAAUAAAAUUGUAAUCGAACGAAGGAGCAAGCAGAAAUAAAUUAUAAAAAUAUAAAAACAACAAAAAAAUAUUAAGUCGAAGGGUUAUAAGUAGUAAAAAACAAAAAUAAUUAAUAAAUAAAAUAAUAAUUAAUAAAUAGAAAUGCGUAGAAAUAUUAGUGUGUGAGAUUAAAAUAAAAAAAAAACAAAAAGCAUAAAUAAUAAAUAAUAAAAAAAUGCAAUUACGCUAAAGCAUAUACAGCUAGAGAGUAUAAUGGGAAUUCUUUAAAAUGUGGUACCAAAUAAAGAAGCGCAUUAAGUAAAUAAAUUAAUAAAUAAUGCAAGUGCAAGCGCAAAAUUUAAAAAAUUAAAAACAAAAACAAAAAAAAAACAAAUUUUGUAUGAACCUUAUGCCAAGCAAUGCAGCACAAGUGUAUGUAUGUAUUUUGCCUUUUAACUUUCAUUUCAUUACACUACAUUUAAUAGCUUUGCAAAUUUUUACUAAAUUCAAGCAAUUUAAAAUUAAAAAUUUAGCAGAAAAUUGUAUUUAUAGUAAAUUAGGUUUUGUUUUGCAAUUUAGUGCAUGCGAAAAACAAAAAAAAAAAAAAAAUAUAAUUAUAUUUUAUAUAAUUUGCUGCUUUAAAGUAAUAAUAAAAUAUUUUCUUCAAUUGGUUUGCCAUGCAAAGCAACUAAAGCAAUUUCAUUGGCAUAUAAUUAGGUAAAGUUACACAAAAAAGAAACAAAAAAACUAUUAUAUAUACAAUUCUAUACAAGCAUGCGCAUAUAUUAGCAUAUAUGAAAUAUUUGCAAUAAAGACACUAGCAAGUGUAAUGGUUUAGUUUAAAUAAAUAAAAAGUAAAAUUUAAUUUACCAAAAAAAAUAAAAAAUAAAAAAUAAAAUAUUAAAAGAAACCGCAAACGAAAGCAAAAGUUUAUUUAAAUAAAAGUGCAUGGAAGAGCAACUAAAUAAAAGCAUUAUAAGUCUAAUAGCAUUCGUAGUUUUACAAUUAAUUAAUUAUAUUGAGCAUUUGGUUAGAGCGUAAUUAAAAUAAAAAAAUAAACAAUUAAACAAAAUUUAAUAAAAAUUAAUUGAAAAAUAAAAACAAAUGAAAAAUGUAAUUAAAGCAGACACAUAAAAAAUUUUGAAGCGCAUAGUAAGUAUAAAUUAUGAAGCAAAGCAAAAUAAUAAUAAACAAAUUUAAAUGCAGACAUUUUAAGCAGCAUUAAAUUUACAUAGUGUGUAUAGAACACUACAGUCAGCGGCAGUUUACAAGUAUAAGUAGACAGGAGUAUGAAAAAAAAUAAAUAAA